AUGAAUGCUUAUAAUACAGAAGGAAGAUAUUUAUUAAUAGUUUAUGAAAAAGUAUUUAAAAUAAUUUAUAUAAAGAAUUUAAAAGAUAAUAAAAAUGAUAAAAUUAAAGUUCCAUCUUUGUAUAUAUACAGAAAAAAUGGGAAAUGCUCAGAAAAAUUAAUAAAUAAAGACAAAAUUAGAAAGAAAAGUAGAAAAUUUGGUAGUACGCUGAAUGAAUUAAUCAUUGAUAAUAUCAUUGGUAGUAUAGAAAUUAAAAAUGAAUUAUUUUUAUUUGUUGUUGAAAAAUGGAGAUUGUUAAGUAAAUUUUUUUAUUUAAAUAAAUACAGGAGCAUUUAUAAAAUUGAAAAAGUACAUUUUGUUCCUUAUAAUAUCAAUAUAGUUUCAAUGAAUAGUGUAAUAAAUAAUUCUUUAAAUAUAGAUGAUAAUUCAACUAAUUUUUUUAUAGUAAAUUUCAAAAAUAAUGAAAAUAUAAAUAAAAAUUUUGAGAUUAUAGAUAAUUCAUUUAAUUUAGUGUAUAAUAAUAAUAUUUUACAGUCAAAAGAAAAUAAUAACAUAGAUAAAUUAGGAAACACAUUCAAUGAUAUUUCUGUUGAUGCUUAUAGUUCUAGUAAUGAUAUGGAUAAUUCUUAUAAAAUAAAAGAAGAAACUUUUUACAAUAAAAAUUUUUCAAAUAAAACUAAUAAUUUAGAAAAUGAUACCGUUAAAAAGAAUAAAAAUUCUAACGAUAUUGAAAUGACCGAAAAUAUUGAAUAUAAGAAUAAAAAUGGUAAUUAUAAGAAUAACAAGAAAGAAGAAAAAAAUAAAAAAAUCCUUACUUUUAACAGUGCGAAGAAGUGGUUAACUAAUCAGUUUAAUCACAAAAAUAUAUUAAAUAUAAUUUCAGAUAUAACCAAUUAUGAAAGUAAAAGUAUAAAUGAAAAUGAAAAAUCAAAUUCAAGAGUAUGUAAAGAGAACAAAUUUAAUAAUAAUAAUGGUAAAGUAGCAUGUAUUAAUAAGCACAGAAAAGAAAAUGAAGCAAAUACAAAUUCUUCAACUAUUGAUGAAAAUGACAUAAUAAUGAAUUUUAUAAAUGACAAAGAAGAAUAUAUAUCUAAAAGUAAUAUAAUUAUUAAUAAUAAUAAAACAAAUAACCCAAUUCAUAAUGCAUGUAUGGGUAAUGGGGAUAAUGAUAAAAAUACUAUCAAUUCGUCAAAAGGAAACGUUAAAUUAAUUGAUAAUAUGUUUUAUAAUCAUAGAAAUGAAAAUGAAAAUGAAAAAUCACCAAUAUAUCUAAAAGAAAUGAGUAAAAAAGAUGAUGAAGUAAAUAAUUUAUUAUACGACGAAAAGAAUCAGUAUAAGUUAGGGAUGGACAGAGCUUACAUAAAUAAUAAAGAUAUUUAUCAAAAUUCUUAUAAGGAUCAUACAGAUAAUAACUGUUAUAAUUAUAAUAAGGAUAUAUACACAAAUCAAGAAAAUGAAUAUAAUUUAAAAGAAAUUUUAUGUAAUUAUAAAAGUAAAGAAAAUUCAGCAAAUGAUUCGACGAAAAAAAGCUCUGAUAGUAAAAAAUCACGAGACAAUUCAUCAGAAAAUAAUAAAAAAGAUGAAUCGAAGAAUUUAGUACAUAAAAAUGAUAAUAAUAUAAAAAAUAUAAUUAAUAAUACAUAUUUUAAUGUUAAAAAAAAUGUUACAUUACAAGAAAAUAAUACAAAAAACGAAGAUAAGUGUUCAUAUCCUUCCCAUUUUAAACAUUCAAAUGAUGAAAAUAUCAAAAAUGAAGAAAAAAAGUUGAAUUCCAAAAUGGAUAUACAUAAAAUAUUGAAAACUAUUCAAAAAUUACUAACAGUUCAUAUGUACUAUUCUUAUGAUUUUGAUUUAACACAAAGCAUUCAAAAUAAAAUGAAAAAAAAUAUUGAAGAAAAAGAAGUUGAGCCAUUAUCCUCUUCAUCUAAUAGAAGAAAAUCUUUAUUAAAUAUGUGUGAAAAAAAAUUUAUGUGGAAUUAUCAAAUGAUAAAAAAAAUGAAAAAUAAAAGUAAAAUAGAUGAUAAUUGGUUUUGCUCAUUAAUUCAAGGAUAUAUUUCCUAUACAUCAAUAGAGAUAAAUAAGAAAUGUUUAGAAUUAUUAUUAAUAAGUAGAAGGUCAGCAGUUUUAGGUGGUACAAGAUUUAACAAAAGAGGAAUAAAUGACGAUGGAUAUGUAGCUAAUUAUGUGGAAACAGAACAGAUUGUUAGGAUAAGUAAUAAAAAUAUCAAUUUUUCAGAUAGAUUUGAUCAAACUAAUAACUUCCCUUUAAAUUCAAAUGAAUUAAAAAAGAAAAACUUAAAAACUUUUAUUGAAAAAAAUGAAAAGAAGCAAAACUCUUUCAUUGGUGGUAGCUCUUCAUCUAGUAAUAAAAUUGAAAAAAAAAACGUUAUUGGAAGUGUUAAUAAUAAUAAUAAUUUUAAUAAUAUUAACAAUGACAAUAGUAAUAGUAAUAAUUAUAAUAAUAAUAAUAAUAGCAAUAAUAGUAAUAAUAGUAUUAAUAAUAAUAAUAAUAAUAAUAAUAGUAAUAUUUUUGAAAAUAGAAUGAUUUCUUUAGUUCAAAUAAGAGGAUCUAUUCCUCUAUUCUGGAAACAACAUUCGAUGUCUUCUCACGUAAAUAUUCAGAGAUCAUCAUUAUUAAGUAUAAAAGCGUUUAAAGAGCAUAAUAAGAAAUUAAUUAAUAACUAUGGAAAUAAUAUAUAUUAUAUAAAUUUAUUAAGCCAAAGCAAAAGUAAUGAAAAGAAAUUAACAAAAAAAAUGGUCGAGUUGAUAAAUUAUAUUAAAAAAGAUAAAUAUUAUAAAGAAAAAGAUUUCAUAAAUUAUAUAGAAUACGAUUUUCACAUAUCUGUUAAAAAUAAAGGCUUUGAAGAUGCAAUGAAUGAUUUUAUUAAUAAAAUACUACUUAAAGAAAUUAAAAAUGUUUCUUUUUUCAUAGAACCAUUAAGAAAUAAUGAAAAUUCUGUUAACAUAAAUAAUUCUUAUAACUUUCAAAAUGGUGUAUUUAGAACAAAUUGUUUAGAUUGUUUAGAUAGAACAAAUGUAUUUCAGUAUUACUAUGCCUUAUAUUUUAUCUUAUAUAUAUUACAUAUUUCUAAAAAUGAAAUGUUUUUGAACCCUGUUAAAAAGUCGUAUUUAUGUUUUUAUAAGAAUGUGAAUAGUAUGUUUAAUAAAAACAACAUUACAAUUUUAACAACUUUACCAACAGAAAACUAUAUGCUAGAUUUAUCUGAUAAGUAUGUAUUAAAUAAAAAUUAUGAAUUUAAUAAUAAAAGUGUAUUUGAUGAUUUCUAUUAUCUACAAAACAAAAAGAAAUUAAACGAAAAAAGUGGAGAGGAUGACGAAGAAUUAGGUGAAAUGGAAAUAGAAAAUAAUGAAGAGAGAAAAUACAAUUAUGAAAAAAACGAAAGAGAAGAAAAAAAAAGAAAUGAUCAAUUAGAAGAAUAUAUACGUAUAUUUAAACAUUUAUUUAAAAAAAUGUGGGUAGAAAAUGGAGAUAUUAUAAGUACACAUUACACAGGAACAGGUAGUGUUUUUUCAUCGCAAAUUAAUGUAGGAAGAUCAUCAUUAAGCACUAAUAUUGAUCAUGCAAUUAAAUCAAUUGAACGAUUUUAUCAGAAUAAUUUUGAAGACAAUUUUAGGCAAGAAUGUAUUGAUAUUAUUUUGUGUAGUGGUAAAUAUAAUAAGAAAAAGGAUUUUAUUGUUGAAGAUUUUAAUUAUAUGUUAAAUUAUAACAAAUAUUCAAAAAAUGAAAGAUAUUAUGAUUUAAAAAGUAAACAGGCCUAUUUUUAUUCUCAUCACAAUUUACACCGUAAUAGUAACUAUAGAAAAUGUGAUAACCAAAUAAUAACAAAUGAAACGGAUGGUAAAAUAAGGCACAAGAAAUAUUUAUAUGAGCAGGAAAUAGAAAAAUUAAAAAGAAAGAAGCAUUUAUUUAAUCAUAAUAUUAUUAAAAAUAAUAACAAUGGUAAUAACUGCAAGGAAGAAGUUAUAGAAAAGGGAAAUGAUAAUUACAUAAAAGAAAAAGAAUAUAAAUAUAUAGAAAAAAAAUUAGAAAAGAAAAAGAAGAAAGAAGAAGAAUGUGAUGAAGUAAGAGAGAAUAAUAAAGAUAUAGAAAAAACGGAAGAAGAAAUAGAUAAUAAUUAUGUUCUUGAAGACAUUCAAAAUGAUGAAGAUGAAGAGAAAAAAGAUACACAAAUGAGUGAUAGUAGUGAUGAAGAGUUAGAAGAAGAAUAUUCAAGUGAUCAUAAAAGAAAGGAAAAAGUAGAACUAAAAAAUAAAAACAUAAGUGAUAGUUAUUCAAAAUCUAAUAAUAGUAGUAGGCUAAAUAAUACUAAUGAAACUAAUAGCACAACGACAGAUAGUUUACAGGAUCAAAAAAAGAAGAAAAACAAUAAUAAAAAAAAAAAAAAUGAAGUAUUAUAUAUGAAUAAUUUGUAUAAAAAAAAAAUGUGUGAAUCGGAUAUACAAGAUAGAAAUGUGCACAAUGAUUACAUGAGUGAUGAUCUUUUAAACAAUUAUGGUAUAGAAAAUGAUGAUUCAAGAAAUAUAAAGAAUUUUACAAAAAAAAAAAUCAUUAAUACUGGUUAUGAAGAAAAAAUUAUAAAACUAUGGGUAGGUAGCUGGAACUUAUGUGGUAGUGAUUUAUAUGAAUUAAAUGAUAUUUCUUCUUGGUUGAAUCAAAUUAAUGAAUAUAUUGACAUGUAUGUAUUUUGUUUUCAAGAAGUAGUUGAAUUAACAGGGUUUAGAGUUCUAAUGAACAUGAAGGACAAAUUUAAAGAAAAGAAAAUUGAACAAAAACUUACUCAAUCUUUAAUGGAAAUAUCUCAAAGACAAAAAGAAUUAUUUUUUAAAAAUAAGAAUAAUAAUAACAUAAACCAAAGCUAUAAUGAUAAAGGUGAGACUUAUCAUAAUAAAUUUGAUGAAAAGUAUGAUAAGAAUACAUUUCAUGAAGCUUCUAUUAAUAAUUAUAAUAAUACAAAAAAAAUAAAUGAAGAAACGAUACAUAAAUAUAAUAAUUAUAGAAAUGAUUUGGAAAACGUUAAAGAGCAAUUUAUAAAAGAAAAUAAGCCAAAGUCUUUGAUUAAUGAAAAUAAAAAAAAAAUAGAUAAUGAAAAGCAAAAACUUAGUAAUAGUUCUGUAUUAGAUAUUUCAAAAAAUUACUUUUUAAAUGAUUAUUUUAAUAAUUUAGAUGAAGAUAUUUCUUUUAAUAGUGUUGUUAAUAAUGAAAGAAAAAUAUCUAAUUCGAGUUUUAUAGAAAAUUCAUUGAAUAAACCGAAAAAAGAUAAAGAAAAAACAUUUUAUGAAAACGAGAAUUUAGAAAAAGAUAAGAGAACAGAAACUAUUAUGUAUAGUGAUGAUAUUCAUGAGAAAAUUCAUAAAAUCAAUGUAUCAGAAAGUUUAAGAGAAAGCAAUAAUAGCUUUUUAAAUGAAAAUAUAAUAAAAAGUAAUGAUAUGAAUCUAAAUUCAAAUAUCAAUGUUUUUUUUCAAAAUAAAUUUGGAAAUAAUUCAAAUAAAAAUUUAGAUAAUUCAAGGAAACUUGAAUGCUUUUAUAAUUUAAUUGAUGAAGAUAUGCCUAAUUUGAAUAAAAAUGGAAAUCUUAAAAAUGAAAAGAGUAAUGGAUAUAAUAAUAGCAAAAAUAGUAAUGAUAAUGAAGAAAUAAAUAAUUUCAAUAAUGAAAACAUACCAUAUAAUAAUGAUAAUAAUAGAGAUAAUAGUAUAAAUAAUUUUCAUUUUAAAAAUAUGGAUGAUAUUUUUGUUGAAUGUAAUGACAAUACAAAUGAUUUAUUUCACAUAAAGAAUAGUGAUGAAAAUUUUUUUAAUAAUUCUAAUAUGAAUUCACAAAAUUCACAAAAAGCUACAUUUAAAAUGGAAGAUUUCACAAAUAAGCAUAAAGAUAUGCAAAAAUAUAGUAAUCCAUUGUAUAAUUCAAAUAAUUUAAAAAAUACUGAGAUGUUUUUAAAGGAUUUUUCAAGUAAAUAUUUUUUAAACUUAAGAAAAUUUAAAUAUGUGAAGUUAAAGUCAGUUUCUAUGAUUGGUUUAUUUAUAAUUAUUUUCAUUGAUGAAGGCUUAGUUGAUUAUAUAAGAGAAAUUGAAGUUUGCAAAGUGAAAGUUGGUUUAAAAGGAAAUACUGGUAAUAAAGGAAGUGUUUCUAUUAAAUUUAGAUUAGGUUUCAAUUCUUUCUGUUUUAAUAAUAUUCAUUUAGCGUCAGGGCAAACAAAUAUUUUUGAAAGAAAUACUCAAAUGCAAAGUAUUUUAAACAAUAGCUUUCAAAAUCAAGAAUUAAAUAAUUUAUUUAAUUUUGAUUAUUUUUUUGCAUGUGGAGAUUUCAAUUUCCGAAUAAAUAAAAGUCAUGAAGAAGUUAUUAAAUUAAUUGAAAAUAAUAAUGUUAGCCAACUAUUACAUUAUGAUCAAUUUAUAUACAAUAAAUUAUAUAACAUUUUACCAUUUUGUUUAUUCUAUGAACACCCUAUAUUAUUUAAUCCAACAUAUAAAUAUAAAAAAAAUUCUAACAUGUAUGAUAUAAGAAGAACACCUGCUUGGUGUGACAGAAUACUUGUAAGUGGUAAAUUAAUACACUUGUCUGAAUUAGAAAAAAAAAGAAACAAAAAUACUGAAGAAACAGUUGAUUCAAAUGAAAAUAAAAAUAUAAGAAAUGAAAUUAUGAAAAAUAAAGAUAAAAAAAAAAACCAAAUCAAUAAAAAUAUUGAUUAUUAUGAUAAUGAUUUUAAUGAUUUUUAUCAUAAUGAUAAAAUAUAUUUCAAAUAUCUAAAUUAUAAAACACAUAAUAAUUUUUUUUCAAGUGAUCAUAAGCCAGUGAGUUCAAUUAUUGAAUUAAAAGUUUUUUUUGAUAAAAAAGAUAUUGAAUAUAAAUUACUUAACGCAUUUAGUAUGAAAACAAAUGAUGAAUUCAAUAAUAUAGCAAAGGGUUCUAGUAAUACAAGUAAUAGUAGCAAUAAUAAAAAUAAUAAUUUAUUUGAUUAUUUUUUUUCUAACAGUUCCAAUAUAAGCAAGUACACCGCAUAUCCAAUAUCACAAAUUAUAAAUUACUCAAAUAAUAUGAAUAUAAAAUUAAAAAAUGAAAUAAAUGCAUACUCCUUCAGUGAAGAUACAGUAAAAAACACAAGUAAACUAGUUGAGUAUUCACAUACAAAUAAAAAUGAUUUUAUUUCAAAUUCCAUUUUAAAUAAUGAGGAAAAAAAUGAAAAGAUUUUUUCUUCUAAAUUUAUAGAUUAG